UAAUAAAAUAACAUUUAAAAAAAUCACUUUUCGUACGCAUUACAAAUUACGUGAAGUCGAUUCAGUACUUAUGAACACUCCCAACUGCUGUUUUAGUUUAUUUCUGGGCCCAAGCAAUAAUUAUUGUACAGCUGUGUAUGACGAAUGCAAACGCCUCUUUUUCCCGGACGCUUGAGUGUUGCAAUAUUUAAUGAGGUGGGCGGUCCCGCCCCGCCUCCCCCCUCACCAAAACAAACACGCGCCCGGGCCCUGCCGGACAGAUUGGAUUAAUCGAGCCCAGAGCGCGGCGUCCGAGCGGCUGUGUGCGCGAUCCUGCGGCUCGGGUUCGAUUGCUCGGGCGUGGGCAGGCAGCAGCCCCGAAUCCCUGCUCUCCGUCUUGCAGGAACUGCCCCUCCGGCAGUUGUCAACAGGCUGGCCGGAGCUGCAGACGGGCUGAGGCGGGACGGGACACUUCUUCACUCCGCUUGCCCGCGCAACAGGGGGACGAACCAGCGCUGUCACAGCCCGCCGCCGGGACCGGGAGGGGGCUUGCAGCUACACCCGGUGCACGGAAACAGCUGAAAACGAUGACAUGUGAGGCUCCUAUGUGGCCUGGUGCAGAUACAGUAGUGGGUGGAGAUUGAGAGAUUGAAUGGCACAGACGUUUCAAGGCUGUGACGCAUCUGUAGGACUGCAAUGACCAGUCGGAGCCGCGGCCAUGCAGAGAAAUCGGGUCCCCCAUCUUCAAAGCCUCCGGCCGCGCCCAAACUGCAGGUCCAGCGAUCCCUGUCCCGCGAGAACAUCACCAUCCACUUCUCCGCCUUCGGCAAGGAGGAGGAGGAGGAGGAAGUGGAGCUGUACGGGGCAGCUGCCUCUUCCUCAGCUCCGGACGACUUUGAUGACCAAAGUAUUGUAACGGCAGUGGAGGCCAGCGAGGACCUUCAGUUUGAUGCAGGCGGGCUGGACCCGGUGGAUCUGACUGCUUCUGCUAAUGUCUCCGUCUCCUCCUCAGCACAGCCACCGGUAUCGGCAGGCCCUGCAGCUGGGGUCCCACAGUCCCCUGGCCCCCUGCGCUCGAGCCCUGCCCUCUCUAUCCUGUCCUCCCCCUCUUCCCAUGCGGGGUCUUCUGCUGGCCCAGCAAGCUCAUCCUGGCCGUCGGAGCAGAAACCCCCUGCGGCUGCCCCUGCCGCAGCUGCGUCUUCAUCCUCCUCCACCUCCUCCCCUUCCAAAUCCAUUGCCCUCUCCUCCGGCGCCAAGCCUUUCCUCAGCCUGGUCAAGUCGCUGUCCACCGAGGUCGAGCCCAAGGACUCGACCACUUCCCUGCGCCACCGGCACCUCAUGAAGACGCUGGUGAAGUCCCUAUCCACCGACACCUCCCGUCAGGAUACCGACUCCACUUCCUCCCGGCCGCCGGACUCCCGCCUCAACCUGCACCUCUUCAAGCAGUUCACUCAGCCCCGCGUGACCUCGGCUGGGGACUCCAAAACGGCCCCCUCGUCCCCACUCACCUCUCCUGACAGCCGCUCCUUCUUCAAAGUGCCGGAGGUGGAGGCCAGGAUCGAGGACACGAAGAGGCGCCUCUCCGAGGUCAUCUACGAGCCCCUCCAGCUGCUCAGCAAGAUCAUGGGAGACGAGGGCGGCGCUGGAGGGCAUCGGCACAAGGCUCUGUCCUCCAGCGCGUCCGAACUCUCCAGCCUGGCUGGGCUCAACGGGCACCUGGAAAGCAAUAACAACUACAGCAUCAAGGAGGAAGAGUUCGACUCCGAGGGGGAGUACCUGCUGGGCGACUCCACCCCGGACCGGAGGGAGAGCACGGCCGGUGUGCCGGAGCCGGCCAAAGACGCUGCGGACGCCAAGAGCUCGCCGGCCACUGGUACCAGAGAGGCGAGGUCCCUGCCCCUGGUGCUGGAAAAGUGCUCUCUGUCUGCCCUGGCCAAACAGGAGGAUGAGGAGUUCUGCGAGCUCUACAGCGAGGACUUUGAGGUCUGCACAGACACGGAGACUGACGGGGACAAGCCCGAGGAGGCUGUGCUGGAAGCUGCAUUGACCCAGGGGGACAGCACGGGCGUAUGCAGCGAGGACGAGCUGGACGACGACGUGCCGGCGCCUAGUGUACCUUCCAAAACCUUGUUUGUCCUGAUCACUCUGCUUUAUGGCUACUUUGUGCUGCCUUUGCCCACGUACGUCUGUGGAAUGCUGUUGGGGGCUGCUGCCGGGUUUCUGAUCGCAAUUGGAGUCGUCUGGCUGUCCACGCCGAGGGGUUCCGGUUAUCAGCGAAGACACACUAAACGAAAGGACUGCCUGUGGAAUGUGGCUCACUUAGACAUCAAGGAGCCUGAUUUAUUCAAGGGCUGGAUGAACGAGAUCUGUAACUACGACCCGGAGACCUACCACGCCACGCUUACGCACUCCGUCUUCGUGCGGCUGGAGGGCUGCACUCUCCGGCUGUCCAAGCCCAACAGGAACAUCUCCAGGAGGGCCUCCUUCAACGAGCCCAAGCCAGAUGUCACCUACAUCAGCCAGAAAAUCUACGACCUGACGGACAGCAAGAUCUACCUUGUCCCUCCCAGCCUGGCCCGCAAGAGGGUGUGGAAUAAGAAGUACCCGAUCUGCAUCGAGCUGGGCAAGCAGGAGGACUUCAUGUCCAAGGCCCAGGGGGACAGGGACAGGGAGAGCGGCGAGGAGAGGGGCGAGGCGGGCGGCGAGGACGGCCGGGCCCCCGCGCACCGGGACCAGACUCUCUUCCUGUUCGGAAGGACGGGCCGCGAGAAGGAGGAGUGGUUCCGCAGGAUCCUUCUGGCUGCCAAACUCAAAUCCGAGGCCAAGAAGACGCCCAGCCUGCCAGGGACCAAGGCCGCCUUCCUGCCCUCGCACAGCCGCAGCAGCAGCAAGGGCAGCGUGGACGAGGCGCUGCCGCAGCCCCGGCCGAAGGAGCCGAGCGCCAGCGUCCGGCAGAAGAUGCUCCUGGACUACACCGUCUACAUGGCCAAAUACGUGCCCCCGCAGCCCGGCAGCCCCGCAGCCAGCCCCCUGCACAGCGCCGACAGCAGCCCCUCCACGUCCAAGAAGCUGCCCGGCGGGCAGGGGGAGGCGGAGGAGCCUGAGGCCUGGGUCAACGCCUUGCUGGGCCGGAUCUUCUGGGACUUCCUGGGAGAGAAGUACUGGGCAGACCUGGUGUCUAAAAAGAUCCAGAUGAAACUCAGCAAAAUCCGGCUGCCAUAUUUCAUGAAUGAACUGACCCUCACUGAGCUGGACAUGGGAGUCGCGGUUCCAAAGAUCCUGCAGGCCUCCAAGCCCUCCGUCGAUCACCAAGGGCUGUGGUUCGACCUGGAGAUCUCCUACAACGGCUCGUUCCUGAUGACCCUGGAGACGAAGAUGAACCUGACGCGGCUGGGCAAGGAGCCGCUGGGGGAGGGGCUGCGAUUCGGGGAGACCGGCAAGGAAGGGGCCAGGCCCCGGACAUACUGCCUGGCAGACAGCGAUGAGGAGUCGUCCAGCGCAGGCUCGUCCGAUGAGGAAGACCCCCCUGAGGUGACUGCGGCCGACAAGAGCCUGGUGCCGGGAGCCGAGGGCUACGUCGGAGGACACAGAGCCAGCAAGAUCAUGAGGUUUGUGGACAAGAUCACCAAGUCCAAGUAUUUCCAGAAGGCGACGGAGACGGAGUUCAUCAAGAAGAAGAUAGAGGAGGUGUCCAACACGCCCCUGCUGCUGACAGUGGAGGUGCAGGAGUGCCGGGGGACUCUGGCUGUGAAUAUCCCCCCGCCCCCCACUGACCGAGUAUGGUAUGGGUUCAGGAGCCCGCCACACCUGGAGCUGAAGGCCCGUCCCAAACUGGGCGAGAGGGAGGUCACACUGGCACACGUGACGGACUGGAUCGAGAAGAAGCUGGACCAGGAAUUCCAGAAAAUAUUUGUCAUGCCAAACAUGGACGACCUGUACGUUCCCAUAAUGCACUCGGCGAUGGACGCGCGGUCCCAGGCCGCCUUGGCCCCCGCGGCGGACCCCCCGAGGGACCAGGGCGAGGCCGAGCCCUGUGCCGAGGGGCAGAUGUGAAGAUUCGGGGUCUACAGUAUUACGACACGGAGGCCCGCUGGGCCCUGCGCAUCCAGACUGUGCCUGUGCCACAAUCCCCCCUCCUCCCCCAGCCCUUUCCCACCCUGCCUCCUUCCUCCCGGGAGCCAGGGGGCCCCCGGCACGCGUCCUCGCGGCUCCGAAGGAAGGGCUCGCCGUGAAGCGUGUCAGCCGUUUGCUCACUGCUGUAUUAGCUUUCAGAGGGAAGAUGCAACACAAAGAGAGGUCUGUAUUACUGUCGGUGGUCCAUGUCCAUGAAGGCGAACAUGUCUAAGAGUGUACCGACUCACGGAAGCCUGAUCCACCCGCCACCCUCCUCUCCGUGCGGAACAGCUGGUUAGGCAGGCAAAGCAAGAUGGCGACUCAACGCCUCUCUUGGGGAAGAACGCUGCCAUCAGGGGGUCUGAGAAUCUAGUUGCGGGUCCCGCCCUGCACUCACCGGCAGAGGGCCUGGCGAACGGUGGGCGACCUGUGCGUGAGAGGAGCCCUCCCCCUGAGGGGGUUCCCCCGUCUGUGGCGGUUGUGCGCUUGCAGCCGUGAAUCGAAUCGCAGGAGGGGGCCGAAGAGAGGCUGGGAGGGGUACACGCGACGGGCUAUGAGCUUGUCUGGGUGAACAGUUUGUGCAGUACGUGCGAUCCGCUCCCCGCUGCAGUGUAGAAUCGCAGGUAGAUGUGUUUGUUUUGUUCGCCGUGGUGGCUGGGCGAACAGAGCCCAGUGUGUGCACUGCUGUGUGCUCACCCAAUUUCCCCCUCAGGCGUGGCUGACUGUAGCACAGGCAGCUCCCUGGCCGUGCCCACGCCUCCCCGAGCCAGCCCUCGGAUGACCCCGAGGCCAAGCCACAGUCUGUCAGCUGAACUGAUGAGCCUCCAGCCACAGCAGGCCAGGGGGCUUUUAUUACACAGGCAUAUUGUCUUUUCAACUGUCAGUGAUUCCAGAAGUUCAUUUUGAACUAGUUAUGCAGUCCUGGUGUACAAAAAAAGCCCUCUUUCCAUAUGUGCUCAUCACAAGCCUAUAUAUAGAAAUAUAUAUAUAUAAAGAUGUAUAUAGGUGCUUUAAAUCUUUUUAAAUGAAUGUAUGAUCAUGCUGGGCAAUUUCAAUGUUCAGUUUCUGAAUGCAGUUCUUACCAGUGUACAAGAUUAAUGGAGCUGAGUGGGCUCUGCAGUACUGCACUACAAGGAAGGCAGGUCAGUGAGCAUAUGAAUUAUCCAACUUUUUUCUAUAAACACUGUUUAUAUAUGUAUAUACACGGUACAUAUAUAAAGAAAAGCUGAGAAUUGAGCGACAGCACAUGUCAAUUUCAGCUGUGCUCUGCCCUCCUGGCUCCAGCUGAAGGGACCUGGAGACUUCUGCAGACACAGACCUCUGAACGAAGGAAUCGAUGUCAUGUCACAAACGUUAACUAGUGAAUAAAAACAGCCAUAACCAAGAAUUGUUAGCCAUAUGAUUCAAAAACCUUCUGUGAGCCAUCUGGGGUCAUACAGUACAUGCUUCCUUUAAACGUUCUUCAUGGUUUUUAAGUGAUCACUAACACCGCGGGUUUUAACUGAAGCUGCGCCCAGUCCCUUCCUGUGGGGAACACAGACUCUCCUCCACACAGCUGGGGACCCCAUCCAACAUCUCCUUCCUCCAUCAACACUAACUGCGUACGGAAAUAUUUAUUCCGAAGCGUAUUUAUUUUGGACCCAGAGCAGCUUCCUUCUGACCUUUGAUUCUGCCUGGGGCCACACUACCGGACUGUCGGACCUGCAGCUUGUUUGCGGCCUUGCUGAGGGGUUCCCCCGCUCGCAACGGGCCUGGUCCUCCGGGUUCCAGGCAGGUCACGAGGGAGAACCCCUCACUGGGGCCGGGCCGGACCGACACCGGGCCUCUUCACUGCUGGCCCCACCUCGCUGUGAAGGACUCUCUCGAAAGGAUGGGAACAGUUUCUAGCUGUGUUUUUUUUUCCCUGGAAGAAUUUUGUAUGCCUUAUUUGUUCUCCCGUUAUGAAGAACCAGUCCCAGAAGCCCUGCGGGCCUGCUGGACUGUGCUUGGUGCGCCAGGUCCGUGAUAUUGCAGGAGAUGCGAUCUGCCUUGAUUUUUCUUAAUUUGUUAAAGAUUCUUGCUUUGUUAAAUCUUUUUUUGUAUUAUUUUCAGUUUUGCCAUAAUUGUUAAUUUAUUAAUUAAAAUUGAAGAGCAUUCCUAUCGGUAUGUACAAGGCCAUCUUUGAUAUGACUUUUUGUGAAGUUUCCCUUUUUGUGAAGGUUGCAUGUCCUAGUUCUGUUGAACAGCUCUCCUGUCUCUCCAGGCCAUGUGCAAUAACUUUUUAAAAAGUCCAAGGACAAGAUGCACUAAUUAUAAUGUAUUCUUUAACGUGGAUCAUAUCACAAAUCACACUCAUCUGUGGGAAACUGAAGUAAGCUUGCUGUUUUAAUAAAGUUUCUCCAUUUUUCCCUUUA